ACUCUCGCAGCCCCAAAGGCCAAAGCCAACCCUCUUGACUUGCAUCGCAUCCCUUCCUGACCUGACCGCCCUUGCCCUCCCUCGCGUCCGUGUCCAAAUCCAUUCCCACCCCACCACCGCCUCCCUCCGCCCUCCGCCAUGGAUCCCUUCCACCACCUCAACUCCUCCUUCUCCAACCCCUACCACCCGCUGCUCUCCCCCUCCCCGCCCCACCACCCCCACUUCCCUCCCCUCCCGCCCCCGCCCCCGCCCCCGCCCCCGCCAGCCGAGGCCGCGCCGCAGCCCUCCGCGGAGCGCCUGCCGCAGUGGUCGCACGCCGAGACGGCGGCGUUCCUCGCCGUCCGCGCCGAGCUCGACCACUCCUUCCUCACCACCAAGCGCAACAAGGCGCUCUGGGAGGCCGUCUCCGCGCGCCUCCAGGCGCAGGGGUUCGCCCGCACCCCCGACCAGUGCAAGUCCAAGUGGAAGAACCUCGUCACCAGGUUCAAGGGCACCGAGGCCGCCGCCGCCGCGCACCCGCCGCCGGACGCCGAUCCUGCGUCCGCGGCGGCGGCCGCGCAGCAGGCGAGGCAGUUCCCGUUCCACGACGAGAUGAGGAGGAUCUUCGACGCUAGGGUCGAGUGGGCGCAAGCAUUGGAGAGGAAGAGGGCCAAGGGCAAGGACGUGCAGCCGGAGGAUGAAGAAGGCCGCGGCGAGGGGGAGGAGGACGACGACGAGGAGGAGGAGCUCGAGGCGGAGAUGGGAGAGGAGGAAGCUGGCAGCAGGGUGGCCUCGGAGGCGAGGAGCGGCGGUGGCGGCGCGAAGAAGCGCAGGCGGAAGCAGGCGGCGGCGGCGGCGGCUGCGGCUGCGCGGGCUAGGUCUGCGGAUCAGGGCGAGGUGGAGGCCAUGCUGCGGGACUUCAUGCGGCGCCAGGUGGAGAUGGAGGAGCGCUGGAUGGAGGCGGCCGAGGCGCGCGAGGCCGAGCGCCGCGCCCGCGAGGAGGAGUGGCGCAACGCCAUGGUCGCGCUUGGCGAGGAGCGGCUCGCGCUCGUGCGCCGCUGGCGCGAGCGCGAGGAGGCGUGGCGCGCGCGCGCCGAGGAGCGCGAGGAGCGCCGGCACCAGCUCGUCGCCGCACUGCUCGCCAAGCUCGGCGGCGACUCCUCGUGAUCAAUCCUCGUCCAUCCAUUCAAAAACUCACCGACAAGGACGGAUUGUCCGAUCCGUUCAGCCCAAGAAGUACCCACAAGAUGAGGCAAGCCAAGGACACGGAGAAUGAUGCUGAUCCAACGAUGAGAUAUCUCUCUCGGAGGAGCAGAUUGCACUGAUGAAGUUGCAUUAUUAUUGAAGUGAUGUGAGGUUGUACAUGAUUGGACUAACUGAUGUAUGACGCAUCGAUCUACUGGCAGAGAGCGAUCCGUAUGUAUGUGUUGUGCCUUGCAUUCGAUUCGUUUGCAUAUGCAUGCUUUCACCAUUAUUAUUGAUCCAUAGUGCCGAAAUUAUGAAGCGAAAAUCAGAUUGUUUAUGCGUGUAUGUAGCAAGCAACUAGCUAGCCAGGUAGUACGAUAUUAUGGUGUGGUAUAGCUUUUCAUGAACAGUGUCAUAUAUACGUGGGCCGUCCUAGACUGCAACCAUUGAACAAUUUUUUCCACAUCGCAAAUAUGUUUGUUUUGGUCAUAAUAAUCCAGCAUGAAAGCACAAUAUUUUUUUUUACAAAUCAUCCAUCCAGAUCAACCGUAUAUUAUUUUGUUUUCUUCACAAUUUUUUUUUGAAAUUAAAGGCAAGAGUGCUGCCAGAUCAUAUAAGAAGAAGGAGAAUGCAAGUUCUUACAAAAGGUGUGAUUACAAAAAUAACAAGAAAACUCAAACUUUUACGAACUCAAACUCUUCCGUUUUCUUCACAAUACACUUGGCUUUCGUCGCUAUUCAUCCCCACGACCGUCUGUCCCUAGUGGUGGAUGGCGGACUCCCAGUCUCCUUACCUCACAAUUUUGCUUUGCCCCGGCCCUAUUUGAAUCUUCUCCCACCGAUCAUGCAUCCUAGCAGCCAACGGUGUCCACCUCGCUGCUUCCCCACAAUUUGCCUUAUCUCUGCUACAAGCUUCUUUUUCAGCCAGAUAUACCCAACAACAUAUACAAACUCGAAACCCUAACCGUACUCCUUCUGGAGGCUAAUCUCCAUUAACUGUGCUCUUAAUAAGCCGAUGUUUCACUGCUAGAGAAAGGACCUUCAAUACGGGGUGAUAAGGGCUUAGGCACCAGUUUUUCAACCGGUACUACGAAAUCGAGCUUCAUCGAGACUAAAUGUCUCAGUUUUUAACACAGGGUAAAAUACCCAGUAGUAAAUCCCUACUUUUAGAACCGGCGAUGUUUUCACCCGGUACCAAAGCGUUUGACAUAAAAAAAAUUAAACCUGAGAGGAGGUCAGGAUUCAAACUCAAAACCUCUUGCCUCGUACGUACCUCGCUUACCAUCUCACCUACACAACACUUGUGAUGCGAACAUAGAUAUUUUUCAUUUGAAGUAACUCAUGUAUGACUCUUUUUAGUACCAGAUGGUAACACCACCCGGUACUAAAGGCUAGACAUUGGUACCGGGUGAUGUUGAUCUCCAUAGGCUUCCACAUCCAUCUCAAAAGUACUAGCAUGAAAAAAUAGAUCUUCUUCAUGCUGGUACUUUUGGGGUUUAGAGUUUAGGGUUUAGAAUUUAGGGUUUAUUUGGUGUGUUUUCUAGUAGUAUUUGAAAUUUUGUACAGGUCCUAUCUAAGAUAUAUUCUAUGGCCAUAUAUACACUUGAA